AUGUGUCUGGUAUUUCUUUCACAUGCCCAUGCAUUCCAGUGCUUGGUCUUCCAGCUGCCGAGCAUACGAGGUUUCUCCUCUUACAAGAAAUCGAAGAAGGGAGAGAAACAUGUCCGAAGUAUGGUUUCAUCUGGCCUGUGUUUCAGCUUAACCGUGUUACUUCUGCUCAUGCUUGUAACUUCAGAGCUGACAGUGGACUACUACAAGCGGACUUGCCCGCAUGCCGAGAGCAUUCUCAGACAGGUGAUGGUUCAAAAGAUAAGGGAAGCACCAACAACAGCUGGAGCAACACUGCGACUCCUUUUUCAUGACUGCUUCGUUGACGGAUGUGAUGCUUCGGUCCUCGUUUCGUCAACUCCUGGCAACAAGGCUGAAAGAGACGAGGAGAUAAAUCAUUCAUUAGCGGGAGAUGCCUUUGAUGCAGUUCAUCGAGCUAAAGCAGCAGUGGAAAAGAUUUGUCCCGGUGUGGUCUCUUGCGCUGAUGUUCUGGCUAUCAUCACGAGGGAUUUGGUUCAGCUAGUUGGCGGUCCUUUCUGGGAAGUCAGGAAAGGCCGUAAAGACGGAAGGUUGUCUAUGGCUUCCCGGGUCGGCCGCAAUCUCCCGACUUCCACAGCAUCUAUCAACGAAUUAACCAGGCUGUUCGCUUCCAAGGGCCUCAAUGAAAUCGAUCUGAUAGCGCUCUCUGGUGCUCAUACAAUCGGCUUUGCACACUGCACGGAAUUCACGAACAGGAUCUACAACUUUAACGGCACCAGAGCCGGCGAUCCAAGCAUGAAUCCGAGCUUCCUCGGCGAACUACGACGAGCUUGUCCUCCGCGAAAUGGAAAUCCCGAUGUGGUAGCAAGCAUGGACGCAGCAACACCCUUCCAGUUCGACAACUCCUACUACCGGAGCAUGCAGAGAGGUCUGGGCCUUCUCACCUCCGACCAGGAGCUCCUUACAAACGCAAGAACUCGCAGCGUCGUGGACGCAUUUGCCAGCAGCCAGGAUCUCUUCUACGAAGUCUUUGCGGCUUCCAUGGACAAGCUGGGAAACGUCGGUGUGAAGAACGAGACGAACGGGGUGGUAAGAAAAGAGUGCCACAGAACUUGAAGAAUCAACACUGUCAAAAUAACACAAGCUCACCAAUUCUUUUCC